UCUUGUCUCUCCCUCUUUUUUUCUCUCAUUCCUUAAACAUUGUCAUAUUAAAACGCCUUUUUUUUGUAGUGUCAUUCACAUUACAUUCAGAACAAAACAAACAAUUAUCAUUAUUCAGGAUACUGCAAGCGACAAUAGCAACCACAGCGACGGCAACAGCAACAACACAUAAAUUUGGACACAACGAGCCAUGCUUAGGAAUACAGGCUAUCAAAAAUCAAGCACAGGAUCAGCUGUAGGUGGGACUCCAACCAUGCGUCGCUCAACUGUAUCUUCAUCGUCCAACAACAACACUCUCACCAGCGCAGAAGGUCUCUCUGCUUCAGAGAUUGCACGUAAACGACAGACUCGUAAAGACGAUGCCAUCCGUAAGAAAUUAGAUCAGGAAUUGGGCAAGAAGAAAACUACUACGCGUUCUCAUGGGUCUACUCGUCCAGUUCAGGGCACCGUCGGAUCUCUUCGUCCAUCUCCCGCCUUGACCCUCCCAGAUACAGCGAUGGUCGUCGACGCUGCAAGAAUCAUGGCAGCCAAGAGGGCAGAUGCUGUUCUUGUCAUUGAUGCACAAGAACAAACACUAGUUGGAAUUAUGACGGAUAAGGACCUCGCAUUCCGAGUCGUGGCCGAGGGUUUGGACAUCCACACUCCUAUCUCACAAGUGAUGACUAAAAAUCCCUUUUGCGUUACAACAGAUACCAAUGCUACAGAAGCCCUCAAUAAGAUGGUCAACGGAGGAUUCCGCCAUUUACCGUGCUUAAAUUCAGAUGGCGAUGUCGUUGGACUGCUAGAUAUCACAAAAUGCCUUUACGAAGCACUAGAGAAGUUGGAAAAGGCCCACAAAUCGUCCAAGCAAUUGGCUGAUGCCCUUCAAGGCAUGCAGUCCGAGUGGGCUCAACCUGCAAACCCUGAACUCCAAAACUACGUGGCAAUCAUGAGGGAAAAAAUGUCUUCGCCCGAUCUAAAUACUAUUCUGGACGAGCACCAUGGCGUAGCUGAGAUUCAAGCCAGAACAUCCGUUCGUGAAGCGUCAAGGGUCAUGAAACAAUGGCACACAACAGCAAGUCUGAUCAUGGAGGAUGGACGGAUUACGGGAAUCUUCACAACCAAGGAUAUUGUUGUAAGAGUGUUAGCAGCUGGGCUGGAACCAGACAGGACCUCAGUUAUCCGAGUCAUGACACCCCACCCAGACACGGUGCCGGCUAGCAUGACAAUCUUGGAUGCACUGAAAAAGAUGCAUGACAAUCGCUAUCUUCAUUUGCCUGCAGUGGAUGAUCAUGGUCAAAUGGCAGGCCUUGUAGAUGUUUUGCAGCUUUCAUUUGCAAUGUUAAAUCAAAUGGGCUCUAUUCAAGGUGACCAAAUUGUCUCAACUGAGGGUCAAGGUCCUGUAUGGAACAAAUUCUGGGAGUCAACUUUCGCUAGGGAAGAGACAGGAUCAGAAAUCUCUGCGUCCGAUGUCCGAUCAGGAUUUAAUCCCCCGCCCUCUGAUUUAAACUAUGGCACUGGCAGUAUCUUGGAAUCGUCUGUGCGUCAUGGUUCAUCUCCUUUACCGCUUGGUGGAAUAGAGGAACUUGGAUCCGAAUUUACAUUCAAGUUCAAGGAGAGUAACGGUCAAGUUCAUCGAUUUGGAUCGAGCACUCGAUCGUUCUCAGAACUGCGCGAUAAGAUCAUUGAGAAGAUGGGUGGGCUUGAGCCUGGUCAAGAGGUAGUACUGAGCUAUUGUGACGAGGAAAACGAUCAAGUGUUGAUUCUGCAGGAUGCAGAUAUUACAGAAGCUGUGCAAAUGGCGUAUAGGAAUCAAUGGCCAUUGAUUAGACUCUCAGUGACCGUUUCAUCUAAAACUCAUCCACAAAACGCAGUAGCCAGUAGUAACGAUACCACCACAACCAACACAGCCACCACAGCCGCCAGCAGUAGCAGCAACGAUACCAAGAACAAAGGCAGUAGUUCUCAAGAUGCAGGGGGUCCAAUGGCAGGUCUAAACCCAAUCGUGGUUUCUGGUGCAGUCGGCCUUGGUAUCGGUCUUAUCAUUGCAGUUGCAUUCGGGUUCAUGCGAAAGUAGAUACCGAUUUAGGCUUACCACUUUUUUUCAUCCUUGCUGUUACAUUUUUUUUUUCCUCUAUUUGUAAUCCUUCCUUAUCUUACUUUCUUUCAUGGUUAAUGGAUAAACAUGGUUUCAACAUAACCAGUAACGACUUGACACGAUUCUGACGAAUAAAGUAUACAUAUUUUCGUAUACUGCGGUUCUUUGUUUUUUCUAGUUGUACAGUAUCGUAUACACCGUCUAUUUUUGAAUAAUAAAAGGC